AAUAUAAACAUGACAUUCUAGAAUAUAGAUUAUCAGAUUACGAAUACAAGUAGUUGUUUGAUACCAGAUUUAAUAGUUAAGGUCCAAAGGAAGAAAUCAAAGCUAUAAGUAUUUCACUAUUUACUACAUAUCGAUACAUAUUUUGAUUUAAAUUUAUAAAUUAUAUUUUUAAUGAAAAUGAGUACUGGAACUCCAAUAACGAAAAAUAUUAUUCAUGUCGGAAAAAAAUAUGUUCCCAUCGAAGACGGCAGCAAAGUAUAUUUCCACUUUCAAACAUGGAAGUUGGGGAAGGACAGGAUAUUAAUAGACGACAGUAGGAAAAUGGGGAAAAAGGAACCUAUGGUGCUAGUUAUUGGACACAAAUUUAAACUUGAAUGCUGGGAAACAAUUAUUAAGAUGAUGGCCAUUGGUGAAGUCGCAAGUUUUCACGUGAAAAAAGAGUUAGUAUAUAGCUACCCAUUUGUGUCCAAAACUCUCAGAGAAAUGGGUCAGGAGCAGAGAAUAAAGCACAGUUGUACAAUGACAUUGCACACAGAGGGUAUAGGCUAUGCCGAUUUGGAUGGUCUUAUUAAUCAACCAUGUGACUUGGAGUUUGUUAUCGAAUUAUUAAAAGUUGAAAAUUCAAGUGAAUAUGAGAAGGAAUUAUGGCAGAUGAGUACUGAAGAGAAAUUUAAUAUGAUCCCUGAGCUGAAAAAGAAGGGUAAUAUGCUGUAUGGACAGAAAUUAUUUGAUGAAGCAGAGAAGGCUUACACCGAGGCUUUAUCUAUUCUAGAACAAAUGAUGUUAAGGGAAAGAAAAUGUGAUAAUGAAUGGAUAACACUAAACAAAAUCAAAAUUCCUAUCCUACUCAACUAUGCACAGUGCAAAUUGAUCAAAGAAGAAUAUUAUUCAGUUAUAGAACACUGCAACACUAUCCUGCAACAUGAUAAAGACAAUGAAAAGGCUUUGUACAGACGAGCUAAAGCUCACACAGGGGCCUGGAAUCCAGAUGCUGCGGAAGAAGAUUUUAGAAGAUUAAAAAAAUUAAAUCCAGCUAUGACCGCCAUAUGCGAUAAAGAAUUGGAAUAUUUAAAAAAAUUACGCCAUGAAAAAACAGAACAAGACCGUGAUGCACUGAAAAAUCUAUUUGGUACAGAGAUCGCGGCUUCCUAGCAUAAACUGAAUUAUUGCAAAAGCAAUAAUUCAACGAAACGACUAAAACGACUUUUAAAGAAAAACCUUAAAGUUAUCGUAUUUUGUGCUAUAAUAUUUACUUGUGUAAUGACUCUAUUUAUACUGAGACUAUAAGGACUAUUAUAAAAAUAUAUCUAAAAUAAAAAUUAUUGUAAUAUAUUUAUGUGUGCAAUAUA